AUGCGGUCAUUCGUACAGGUUCUUACUACGCCGACGGCAGACACGCCAGGUACCACUCUUUUCCUUCACUUCGACAACAAACGGUAUCUGAUUGGAAGUCUCGCCGAGGGGACACAGCGAGCAUGUGUUCAGAUGGGAGCACGGCUGUUGAAAACAUCAGAAUGCUUCCUCACAGGUCGGACGGAAUGGAGCAAUACUGGUGGGCUGAUUGGGAUGAUUCUGACUCUAGCAGACUCAUCUGCAUCAAGCUCCGCAGCCUCGGUCGAGGAGAAUAUCAAGCGUGCCAGAUUUAAAGCCAAGCGAGAAGGAUAUGAGGGAGACCGAGAGAGGAUGAGGAAAGAAGAGGACGAAGCACGGAGAACAGCUGACAACACCCUCAACAUUUUCGGACCACCUAACCUCAAUCACACUCUGGCAACCGCACGAAGAUUUGUCUUCCGCAAAGGCAUGCCCCUGAACGUGCAUGAGAUCCGAGAUGACUGUCUACCGAAAGAGGAAACCAAGGAGGAAGACAAAUGGGGACCUCUCUGGGCGGACGACAAUAUUAAAGUCUGGGCAAUGUCCAUUUCACCCACAUCACAUCCGUCUCCGAGAAACGGAAAGAAACGCAGCAUAGACGAAGUAUAUGCCGGCGAAAAAGCACAGACCACCAUUGUCGACGCUGAUUUGACUCCUCAGGACCGAGACUACCUGACCGUCAAAGCCGUCGUUUCUGAAAUGUUCAACUCUUCAUGGAGGCUCGACACAUUGCACGAGUCUCUCCUUUCAGAGGUCAAGCUUCCUGCAACCAUGUUCAUUCGAAAUGCGAACACCAACAAGGUGGAAAGAUAUUCUGGGCCGCUUCCCGGUGAUAAUCCACCACCUGCAGAAGAUACAAAGGUGCUCGUCAGAAAGCCRUGGCCUGGAGCACUUGUCGAAAGUCUGCCACCAACGCAGCCUGCAAAAGAAGCUAUUAGCUACAUAAUCCGCAAUCACACUCAGCGCGGCAAGUUCAACCCACAGCGAGCAAUGGAGCUGAAAGUUCCAAAGGGCAUGUCUUGGGCAGCUCUGACAAAAGGCGAGAGCGUUGUGAACGUUGACGGCGAGACCAUCACUCCCGACAUGGUUCUCGGCGCUAGYAKAGUCGGUGGUGGUAUCGCAGUGAUUGAUCUGCCAUCAGUAGAAUACAUCGACAGCCUCAUCUCAAGACCAGAAUGGAGAGAACAUAAAGUCAUGGAAGGUGUUGGUGCCGUGUUCUGGAUAUGCGGGAAGGAUGUGGCAACGGAUUCGAGACUGCAUGCGUUCAUGGAGGAUAUGAAGCACUUGGAGCAUGUUGUAUYGUCCGCAGACUACUGUCCAAACUACGUUGCGCUAGACUCGGUGGCUGCUUCUACAGUGCGGCUGAAGAAAGUCGAUCCGGAUCGGUAUGGGGUCCCCGUGCACGAUGCGUCAGACGGUGCUUCGACAUACGGAGGCAACAACAACUUCUUAACUGUGCGCGAGAAGCAGCCUUUGCCCGAGAAAGUGCACAUCGCAGCUCGUGGGCAAGUAGUCGUAUUGGAGCCAGCGAUUGAGUUCCAGACGAAGGAUGCGGUUCCCGAUCUCAACAUCGCGGAGGCUUUGGCUGAGAUGCCAGAAGACGUUAUGGAGGAGGCGCUAAAAGCGCAAGAAGCGGUCAAGGCUCCAAGUGAGGAGCUCACAGCCUGGAUCGACACCCUACCACCCGGAGCGAAAGAUGCAGAGGUGAUCACUCUUGGCACUGGCUCAGCUCUGCCAUCAAAGUAUCGAAAUGUCUCUGCCACGCUUGUUCGCGUGCCGGGAUGGGGCAACAUCUUAUUGGAUUGCGGCGAGAACACACUGGGCCAACUGCGUCGCGUUUUCACUUCUACCGAAUUGAAGCAAGUCCUCCGAGAUCUCAGAAUCAUCAUAAUCAGCCACAUGCACGCAGAUCAUCAACUUGGCACAACUGCUGUUGUGAAAGCGUGGUAUGCAGAAGUCCAUAACAGCCAGCCAGCUCCACCAACCUCACCUUCGCUGGAGGAUCCCGACUGGCAAUCCAUCUUUGAGAACCAAAACCGUCUCGCCAUCAUCUCCGAACCCGCCAUGCAGAAUUGGCUUGCAGAAUACAGCUCUGUGGAAGAUUACGGCUACUCCCGCAUUGCACCACUCUCACUUUCUCAAGUGAAUGUUUCCAAAGGCUGGAAAUCUCGUCUCAGCUGGUUCAUCCCCCCUGGUCAUACAAAGUACCUCUCAACCAAUGAAUACAACAAGCGAGUUAACGCAUACGUCGUCCCGAAAUCCCUGCUUAAUCUCGCAGACAUCCAAGCCGUGGCUGUCAAACACUGCCACGGCGCACGAGCAGUCAGCAUAACCCUCCCAUCAGGGUUCAAGGUCAGCUAUUCGGGCGAUUGUCGCCCCUCACAAGCCUUCUCCCAAAUUGGAAAGGGAAGCACGGUGUGCAUUCACGAGGCAACCUUCGAUGACGAGCUUCAAGGGGAUGCCGAAGCAAAGAACCAUUCCACGACGAGUGAGGCGUUGACUGUGGCGCAGAACAUGAAUGCCAAGGCUUGCGUUCUGACGCAUUUCAGUCAGAGGUAUCAGAAAGUUCCUGUAUUGGAGCGAGCCGACGAGGAGACAAAGGAUGUGCCUAUGAUUGAUGAUUCUGUGCAAGACGAGGGUGGUGAUGAGAAUGAGGCGCUGGAGCAGGACUCCACAGCUGCGACAUUCCCGGAUCAGCCUGAUAUGGAUGAUGCUGCUGGGAAGCAAUAUGAACUGCCUCCUAAAAAAGCUGCUGCUGCCCCCGAAGCAGUCAAAUUCAAGCUGAAGUCGGACAUGAAGGUCUGCGUUGCCUUUGACUAUAUGCGGGUCAAGGUGGGCGAUAUUGGUGUGAUGGAGAAGUUCACUCCUGCUUUGUUGAGGUUGUUUGCGGAGGAGGAGAAGGUGAAGGAGGAGCUUGUGCCUGCGCCAGGUGAGAAGGCUCAGAAGAAAGGUAAGGAAAAGAAGAAGGGAGGAAAGGGUGGCAAGUAA